GGCUGUCUGGUUUGGUUGGCUAACGUCUGACGCGUGACAGGUUUAUUUCUGAGUCAAACGUGUGUCUACUCGUCGCUUAUUCAGUCAGAGUGUCGUUUUGUUUGAAAAAGCUGAAUGUCAGACAUGUAUGACUCAUUGAAGUUGAAAAUGAAUAUAGAAUUUCAUUUCAGAAGGAAACACCCAUUUUUUCCUGAUAUACUAAUCUUUUCAAAUAAAGGUAAUCUUCACCUUGACGAUAAAAGAAUGCAAUUCCAAGUGAAAAUUAUUAAUAACAGAUGUUUCUUCUUUUUAUGGUAACUUGACGAAUGGAGCCCGUCGAUUGUGACAUUGAAGAAGUACGAUUUUAGCGGAUUCCAAUCGUUCUGCGUUAAGCUGACUCAAACACCAUCGGAUAUUUUCCAUACACGUCCUCACAGACGGCUAGCAUUUAUCCUUAAGCAAUUAAUCCUGCACCUGUAUAAUUUAUUCUUCGUCUCUAUCUUAGCAAUGUUAGUUCCUCCAUUUAUUUUAUUUUCUAAUUUUUCCAGGUGUGAAUGCUUGAUAAUUAUCAGACCAUGGUACGUUAAUAUUGAGUGAAUUUCAAAUUUUCCAAUGGUCUAAAAUAUUACAGAGCAAAGUGGUCCGCACUUCUCGUCGGUUUGGUGAUAUUUCAUGGUUCGCGAACAUCCGGUCUCGCUUCGCAAGCUUGACGGAACCUCGCGCGAUAUUGGAGUUAUAUAACGAAGAAGUUCCUUAAAAACGUAUUUUAUCGUCGACAUGUAACCGGCACGACCGAACGUUUUGCAUUUCUCGAGCUACUUUUCGUUAUCUGGCCGCCUCACUUUCCAUCAUUCUUUUUUUCCUAUUACCAGUUUACACUGGGACCCGUAUUAGAAGCUAAUGACAUGGACUGGAAACAGUGAUAAAUAUUAUCGCCAGUUUUCGUCAAUGCUAAUUCGUUGAAAAACGUAAUACAAUGACUAUUGUAUUGUGCGAAGAACCAGGAUCUUGUAUCAUCGAGGAUAGAACCAUAAGUGCAGUUUUACUAUAGCCAAAGGGUUAAUUAUGGUUCACCGACAUCCCAUUUCCGCUGCACUUUCUAAAUUCCACGUAAUCCAGUACGAUUACUUUAUGCGAAUACUAGACACGUUAAUUUUUAUCAAAUAUGGCGUAACACGAAGCAGAGUUAAGCUCAAUAUUCGUACAGGUCAUGACUUAAAAAUACAGAAGAAUUGCUAAAAAAUUUCAUAGUGCUGCAGCGUACGAACAUGAAACAAAAGGGCAAAGAACCGACAAGCUCGCCAACUAAAGUGGCGAUUUAAUUUACAACGAACGACGUCGAUGGAGUCGAGCCAGGCCGACCUUGAGUCAGUCAGCUUCGGACCUAAAGUUCAGGGCUUUCGAGGUGCUCUGUCGCGAGGCUUAAUAAGCUUCGCGAGGACGAGGACAGAAAUGAUGGGAGAAGAGAGAAUAAACGCGUAUGACAUGUGUAAUAAUAAACCAAAGUCUGACUGCAUGACGCUCGAAGACAACAAAAAGAAAGGGAAUAAAAAAGGACGAAUCGAGGGGUGGAUGAUACACCAAAAUAAGCUGGGAUCUAUUUUCGAGGCGUACGCAAUGCGCCGUAGGAAAAACACCGGGAGACUCGACGACAUUUGAAUCGAUCAUUGGAGACCUCUUCUUGUGUCUACAAUCUCAAUUGACUCGAAAAACCAGGAGAAAAUACUCAAGAUAAUUGCCAUUUAAAAAAAAAAACUCUAGAACUAUAUUUGAAAAUUUGCAUUUAGCUCAUUAGAAAGCUCUAAGAUAUGAAAUAAACGCCAUUGCUUUGAAAGUACCGAAGGAGAAACGUAGUGAAGUGGAAGGUUUUAGGUGAUGCGUGAACGGUGUAAGGUUGAAUGGCUGGGAGCUGUGUUUUAACAAGGUUCACAUGUUACAGACUCUAUCGAAUGAAGAUUAGUUUCUCUGUACUACCAAAGAGAAAUGACUGACUUUCUUUUUGCAAAGAUGAUUCUCGUACGCGCUUCUGUUAUCCAUUAAGAGCACUCUUUUUUCCACGAUUUGUCAUACGAUACGUAUGCUAGCGUAACGAGAGGUUGGUAUUCUUAAUGGACACCCAGUGUGUAACUAGUCUUUACAGUUGUAACUCAAGUCGUUGACUUCUUGCCAUUCGACGUGUUAAAGAAAAGAGUAUAAAAUCAGGAUCCUUGUUCAUUCACGGCCAGAAACUUACAUCAACGAAAGUUGCAUGUUUUCAAUGAAAACCUUCUCAUUGAAGAGAACGAAGUAACGCUGCCAGACUGAUAAUAAAUAGGUACUAUGCUUGGAUUAUUCACAUCUCAGCUUUUGAAGAGGCGCCAAAUCAUCAAUUCAUGUGUCUUCACUGACCACUGAUCCCUCAGGUGAAACUCUGUUAUUCGUUCCUAUAAUAAAAUGUCAUAUUCAUGGAGCUCCAAUGAUGCAAUGACAAUAAUGAGUGACUUCCAGUCAGUAUAGAAUCAUGGACUAUGAUAGAAAGUUCUCUAAUACCAUAUGCAAAGUACACGAUCAGGAUUUCACAUAAAUGACAAUAAUCGCUUCCUUAAAAUGAAAGAAGGAAAUUGAUAUCGUCGAUGGUACUCGAGUAAUUAAGGAUCGCAGAGUGAUUUGUGACCGAUCAUGUUGCUGAAAUUAUAAGGGUGGAGCGGUAAUUAAACCGUCUAAUUGGAGAUGUUCGCAAUUAAGUGGCUCGCGCGACCACGACCUGGCGAUUUUUACCGUUUCUGAUCCCGCCGAUUGUUCCUCGAGCGUGAAAGUCUUAAACGAUCUUCUUGCCGAGUGCACAGUGCCGUCCGCGCACGAGCAUAAUAGUUAACAGUAUUAUCCUUUGAGAGGAAAGGAAAAGGAACAACGACCGGAAAUGUCGCGCGAGCCACGAUGCGGGACUCGUGCCUUCCUUUAAUCGCUUAGAUAAGGAGAACACCGUUUACCAUGCACCGCAAGUCCGGUAAUGGACGCAACCGGAAGUUCGUACGGUGUCGGUCGAAAACGUGCCACGCGCCGUCGCGAAUUCAAAAUGAUAUCGAAGAAUCGCAAAGGCGCGUGUUUCAUAUUGCGUUUGCAUACAAUGCAAUAUUAUUUGGAUCAGGUUAUUCGAUAAAGGCUGAUGAUCUAAUUAUUACAUCAUAGAUGAUGAUCAUCUGUGUAUUCAAUUUAAGGAGAUGAAAUUGAAACUGAUACCAUUUGAUAUUACUUGAAACGUGUCUUUUAUGCUAACCGAGAGUUCUAAAAUUAUUGAUGACAAAUCUCUGGAUCUAAAAGUAUCAAACGUUCAAGUAACCAGUCAAUUUAGAAACACUCGAGGGCACACACUUUCGAGAAACGUUUCCAUGGCUUACACCUCUAUUUACGGUAACCAGUCGGACUUUUUUUAUUUCCUGUCGGGUUGGAAGGUCGAAGAGACUCGAACCCGUCACCACGAUAUGAAAGUGGUAAAAUUAUCAUCCACGUAUAUAAAUUACGGCGAGCUCUGGAAAUAAGGAAUCGACGAUGAUUUCACACGAUCCAGUGAAAAGCCGUCUUUCCUCUCGGCAAACCGGGUAGCCGACAAAAGGCUAACCGGUUUCCGGAAAUGGGUAAUUCCUUUAUUAUACCCAUGAGUACGCACGAUCUUCUUUUCCUGCAGGUACAUGUUCGCUUAUGACCUUUGUGCUGAAGAAUAAAGAGCCGAGGUCAAAUGUCUCCAUUCUCCAUAUUAAUUCAAGAUAAAUUACAAAUUACUCAAGAAUUAAAAAUCACCAAAUGGAUGACGGUUAUUAGCAGGCAAUCCUGUGAAUAUUUUAGGUAACGCGUCAGACGUUUACUGGUUGACCUCUCGUCGAAGAGAAAAGCGAUUUUUCAUGACGAUCUCCACGAAGGUGAAGAGACCAACAGCCUCUCGAAGGCCCUUUUUCUCUCCUUUGAGUCAUCGGAUGACGCGGUACGCGUCGAUGAACGAACGCGACCCCGUUUCUCCGGAUGAAAAAAACGAACGCGAACAAUAACCGCUCGUUUACGCGUAAACGCGUUAGAAAGUGCAGCCGAUCGAAUUGCGCGUCGAAGAUAAGAGAAAAUCAUCUCCUAUUCGUCGAAGAUGCGGUUUCUAGAAACCGAUACUGUAUCGAAUUGUUACAAGAAUGGAAGACUCGCAGCUGGUGUUGCAUUAUUUCUCUUAUCACCGUAAUGGCGUUUGCGUAACGGAGCCGCAAUUAAGCAACACGUGGAUAUCGUUAAUUUUCCUACCAAUGGAAAAGCGACAUGUUAGACAACUGAUAAACCGAGGAACACGCGGUAUCCGACACUGGAGGUGGUGUAAGAGAUUCCGGUAAAGCACCGGAAGUCCCCAGGACUGGCUACGAGUUACACAGAAAAAUGGAACGUGGUCUUCACGAACGUGACCGCGUCGGAGUCCAGGAUUUUGUCCUCCUGGAGGAUUUCCAGAACGAGAAUGCGUUCAUCGAUAAUCUGCGAAAACGUUUCCACGAGGAUCUGAUUUAUACGUACAUUGGUCAAGUACUGGUAUCUGUGAAUCCUUACAAGAAAUUGCCAAUUUACAAUCAAGAAACUAUCCAGUACUAUCAUCGUAGAAACUUUUUCCAGGCUCCUCCACACAUCUUUGCACUCGCAGAUACCGCUUAUCAGUCCCUGUUGAAAGAAAAUCUGGAUCAGUGUAUUCUCAUCUCUGGCGAAUCCGGUUCAGGAAAGACCGAAGCUUCGAAGAAGGUCCUGGAAUUUAUCGCAGCCGCGACCGGCCACAAGAAACAAGUGGAAGAAGUAAAUGAUAAAUUGAUCGGUAGCAAUCCUGUACUCGAAGCAUUCGGAAACGCGAAAACUGAUCGCAAUGAUAAUUCGUCCCGUUUCGGCAAGUACAUGGAUAUCCAAUUUAAUUUCCAGGGAGAUCCAAUUGGUGGAAAUAUCUUGAAUUAUCUACUGGAGAAGUCAAGGGUGGUUCAUCAAUUUUCUGGUGAACGUAAUUUCCACAUCUUCUAUCAAUUAUUAGCUGGAGCAAGUGAAGAAACUCUACGAGACUUGUAUCUAAAGAGAAAUUUGGAUACAUACUAUUACCUGAGCAAUGGGACGAAAGGCACAGUAGAUACUAUUGAUGACGCGACUCAAUACCAGGAGGUAAUGAAAGCAAUGAAGACUAUGGAAAUGAGUCAGCAUGAACAGAAUGAUUUAUUCGCAAUAGUCGCCUCGGUAUUGCACAUGGGAAAUGUUGGAUUCACCGAGAAAGAUGGAGUCGCUCAAAUUUUAAAGCCAGCUUCUGUUGAGGCUGUUGCCUCUCUACUGGGCUGCGACUUGAAGCAACUGGCGCAAGCUUUUACACACCGCACCAUAGAUGCUCGGGGUGACGUAGUCAUUUCCCCGUUGAACAGAGAAUUCGCAAUCUAUGCACGCGAUGCAUUAGCCAAAGCUGUGUAUGACAGAUUAUUCACGUGGCUCGUGACCAGAUUGAAUAAAUCAUUGCAAUCGAUUAACGAUCGACGACGCAAGAUGGUCAUAGGUAUUCUGGACAUUUACGGUUUCGAAAUUUUCCAAAAGAACAGCUUUGAACAAUUUUGUAUAAAUUACUGCAAUGAGAAGUUACAACAGUUGUUCAUUCAAUUAACGUUGAAAUCGGAGCAAGAAGAGUAUUUGAGGGAGGGAAUAACUUGGGAAAAUAUUCAAUAUUUUAAUAACAAAGUUAUUUGCGAUUUGAUUGAAGAAAAAUAUAAAGGAAUUAUAUCUUUGAUGGAUGAGGAAUGCCUUCGUCCUGGUGAACCAACUGAUUUGAGCUUCCUGGAGAAGUUGAAUGUAAAUUUGAAUAAUCAUCCCCAUUACAUAAGUCACAUGAAAGCAGACUUACAAACUCAGAAAGUUAUGGGACGAGAUGAGUUUAGAUUGGUACAUUAUGCUGGCGACGUAACAUACAAUGUACGUGGGUUCUUGGAAAAAAAUAAUGAUUUGUUAUAUAGAGAUUUACGUGAAGUAAUGUCCCACACAACGAAUUCGAUCAUCAAGAAUGUGUUUGAUGUAAAAGAUUUGACCAGCAAGAAGCGACCAGAUACCGCUAUUACACAAUUUAAAAACAGUUUAAAUAAUCUUGUGGAAAUUCUUAUGGACAAGGAACCUUCUUAUAUUCGUUGUAUCAAGCCCAACGAUUACAAGAUGGCCAAUCAAUUCAAAGAUAAGAUUGUGCUGCACCAAGUAAAGUAUUUAGGUCUUAUGGAGAAUCUACGAGUAAGGCGAGCUGGUUUCGCUUAUAGAAGACCAUACGAGCAGUUCUUGCAACGUUACAAAUCCCUGUGUCCACAAACUUGGCCUAAUUAUCAUGGUCCAGCUAAAGAAGGGGUUCAAAUCCUUGUAUGUUUCCUUGGUUUUGAACAGGAUGAAUACAGGAUGGGCAACACAAAGCUGUUCAUUCGAUUCCCCAAAACGUUGUUCGACACGGAAGACGCCUUUCAAAUGAAGAAGCAUGAGAUAGCUGCUAUUAUUCAAAGUAAAUGGAAAUGUAUACGGGCAAGGCGAAGAUUCUUAAAAAUGAGAAAAGCGGCGAUAGUUUUCCAAAAAUAUAUACGUCGAUGGCUUGCUAAACGUGAGGCCGAAAAAAGAAGACAAGCAGUCAUUACAAUUAGAAGAUUUAUUGAAGGAUUUAUUACACGAAAUGGACCACCAACUGAGAUUAACGUGGCUUUUAUCGAGUUAGCGAAAUAUCAAUGGUUGAUCAAGCUCUCUAAAACACUUCCAGAAGGUGUUUUGAAUAAUUAUUGGCCCCCAUCUCCAUACGCAUGUCGAGAAGCUUCUGAACACUUGCGAAUUUUAUACAAAAAAUGGAAAGCAAGGAAAUAUAGAUUAGCUUUGUCAAGAGAAGACAAGGAACAAUUUGAGUUAAAGAUUUUAGCUGAAUCUCUAUUUAAAGGAAAGAAGAAAUCAUAUCCAAAAAGUGUGGGACCGAGAUUCCAAAAUGAUAGACUCGGUGCUGAACAUAAAGCAUUAAGACAGAGUUUCAUUAACAACAUUCUUCCAAGGGAUGAAACCAUAAAGUACGCGACUCCUGUUAUUAAAUACGAUCGACAUGGUUAUAAACCCCGUGAGAGGGUACUAAUUUUAACAGAAAACGCAGUAUAUAUUUUAGACACUCUAAAGACUUUCAAACUUAAGCACAGGCUCCCUUAUAAAUCUAUUGAAGAAUUGGUUGUUACUGGAGAAUCGGAUAAUUUAUUAAUUAUGAGGAUACCGCCUGAGUUGAAGAAGGACAAGGGUGAUUUAAUAUUGGAAGUACCACAUACAAUAGAGGCGCUAACAAAAGCAAUUGAUAUCACUAAUAAUCCAAAUAUUCUUAAAAUUGUUAAUACGGAGUCGGUCUCACAUAAACUAGUCAGUGGAAAAGAAGGUGUAAUUGAAUUUAGAACCGGUACAACACCAGCUAUUAGUAAAAACAGACAAAGUGGACAUUUGCUAGUGGUGGCAUCUCCAUAACAUCUGAAAGAAGUUUUAAAUAGAAGUAAUUCUGUACUUAGAAAAAAGUGUUCAACAUGUAAAGUACAAUGUAAUGCAGCCUUACUUGAUGUGAUCUACAAUGGAAGACUAUUAAGAAGAGAUAAUAUAUUAAAACUUAGUACAUUUAUUAAACCACAUUCGCAAUUUCUUACCUCGUUAUACGAAUUGUGUAAACUAUCCUGUGAAAUAAGGUUUAUUUUUAUAACUAGUGCAUUCGUUGUGAAAUGGAAAUUUUACCAAUGACAAGAAUUGUUUGAAAAAUAGAAUGUUUGUGCCUUUUAUAAAAUUAAGUAAUCGCACAAAAAAGUAAUUUAUUAAUGAAUGCCUCGUAUAAGUGCACUAAAAGAUAUGAUUUUCCUUUUCUAUAUUUAUAUUGUUUAAGUCACUGUGCCAUUUACGUUUAGAAAAAUCAUAUGAAAUUAAAUUAGGUUAAUCUUAAAAAAUGAAUAAUUCUAAUCCUCCUUGUUGCAUAUUUCUUUAUUUUAAAACCAAAUGUUAGAUAAAUUACAACAUAUCUAUAGAAAACAAUAAAAUAAUUCUUUCCUUAA